AUGGGCCCUGACCAGCAGCGCUGCGUGAUAUCCGCGUCGUCUCAUCAGUGUGGCUUUGGACCUGCGCUGGACUCAUUGCACACCACCCCACACCGCACGACCUGCAUGAGCAAGGAGGGCGAGAUGGCGACGGCCAGCCUCCCCCGCUCGCCGGGGGCGGCGACGCUCGAGAUCCAUUGCCACGCCUCCCCCCGCUCGCCGGAGGCGGCGCCUGCGGCGCUCGAGAACGACGACCUGGUCUCCGAGAUCCUCCUCCGCCUCCCCCCGCAGCCGUCCUCCCUCCCGCGCGCCUCCCGCGUCUGCACGCGCUGGCGCCGCCUCCUCUCCGACCCCGCCUUCCGCCGCCGCUUCCGCAUUCACCACCGCCGCGGCACCCCUCCGCUCCUCGGCCUCUUCGGCACGAGCCGGGGCGUCGUCACCUUCCAGCCAGCCCUGGACUUCCCCGACCGCCUCCCCAGCGGCCACUUCUCCCUCGCGCUCAACGACCCCUUCACGGCCCUCGGAUGGCGCCACGGCCUCGCGCUCUUCUACCUCCCGGACUCGCUCCAGGUCGUCGUCUGGGACCCCCUGGCCGGCGCCCGGCACCGCCUCGGCAUUCCCGAGGGGUUCGUGUUCGACCCGUCGGAGGACCCGGUCAACGGGGCGGUGCUUCGCGCCGCCGGAGACGUCGACCACUUCCAGGUGGUCCUGGUAACCAGCGACGGGAAACGACCAUCACUCGCCUGCGUUUACUCGUCGGAGACUGGGUUAUGGGGUGAUUUCAUCUCCGCGCCGCUUCAAUCCGGGACCAUGGUCCAUUGGGGCGAGCCCUCUGUGCUGGCUGGGGGUUGCAUUUCCUGGUUGAUUUCUGUGACGAGUAUCCUCGAGUUUGAUUUGGAUAGCCAGACCCUAGAUGUGAUAUUGGUGCCGGCGGGCAUGCUUACCGGCAGGAGUUACCAGUCCACGGUUAUGCGGGCAGAGGAUGGUGGGAUGGGUUUCCUCCACGUGGCAGACUUCACUGCCCAAUUAUGGAGGAGGGAGACAGACUGUGAUGGUGUUGGUUCAUGGAUGCUUGGAGGAACUGUUGAAUUGGACAGGUUACUUCCCCCAGGUUCAGAUAACGAAGCCCUGCGUAUGUUAGGUUAUGCGGAGGAAAACAAUGUGGUCUUCUUCUGGACAGUUGUUGGUGUCUUCAUGUUCAACCUUCAGUCAUUGGAGCCCACAAGGCUUUCUGAGAUCGACAUCUAUGGUUAUGGUUAUCAUCCAUUCGAAACCGUCUAUACUCCAGACAUUGGUGGUGGACAAGUGGUGAACAAGACGCGCUCAUGGUGGAAACGAUGGAGACAGCACAUAAGAAGAUUAUUCAGUUGCGCUCGUGGUGGAAACGAUGGAGACAACACAUAAGAGGAUUAUUCUGUUAGAUGUAUUGGUCGAGCAAGGUCGGCGUCAUGAUGCUUCGUGUGCGAUAACCACUUCGUAUCUGGUGAAAUCUCAUUUGGUUGCGUUACUACAUAAAUAUGGUUGCCAGACAUAUUGCUGUGCCUAUGGAAGUGACGAUAGACGUAUUACACGAACAUAUGUGUUCCUAUGACACUGCACGUCAGGUUUUUCCUAUGUACUGUAUCUCGAGGAUUGGUUGAAUUGUGAAUGUGUAUGCGGAUAUCUGUGGACGGUAGAGGGAAUAUAUCGUGAUGUCUUUUCGGGAGGGGAAUACGGUGAUUAGUACUGGUAAGCAAU